AUGGAGUAUGCUUCGAUUGUUGCUCGGCGCCCUGAGCACCCGGACGUAUUGACGAUACCGACCCCGCCCCAUCAGCAAGCCGCCAUCUUCAUCACAUUCUUCUUUCCGGCGCUUUCGAUAGUUGUGUUUGGAGCUCGAACAUAUAGCAGACUUACGACUAGACAAUGGGGUCUUGAUGACUGGUUAUGCGGCAUGGCAGUGCUAUGCGCAGUGUGUAUGACGCCGCCAUUCUAUAUGUACAUCAAGCUCAUGUACUUCGGAUACCACGCGGUUGAUGUUCCCCAGCCCUUCAACUCGUCACCCGCUAUGUGGUGGUUCUUUAUGGCACAAAUGUUCUACAACCCCGUUUUGGCCUUCGUCAGAGCCUCAAUUUUGGUCUUCCUUCUGCGUCUUGGAGGACAGAAGCCCGGCGUUAGAUGGACCAUCCAUGGCUUGAACAUCGCCAAUGCUGCCAUGGCCACAGCCAUCUUCCUCGUCGCUCUCCUUCAGUGCCUACCAAUCGAGGCUAACUGGGAUCCUCUCGUACGAGCUUCUGCCCGAUGUGUCGACAACUCCUUUCACGUGUCAAUCUCUUGUCUGAACGUCUUGAUGGAUGUACUCGUUCUGUUGAUGCCGUUCUGGAUCUUCCUGGGCUUAAAGAUGCCAAUGGGCGCGAAGAUUGCCGUCAUUUGCGUCUUCUUGGUUGGUGCAGUCGUCACUGUCGUGGCUAUCAUCCGUCUCGUAGCCAUCUACAAACUCUUCUACGUGCCCCCGGAUCCCAACAAAGACCCCUUCUACGAUAUCGGCGUCGUCUACAACACGGUCGAAGUGAACCUCGCCAUCGUCUCCGCGUCCGCCCCGGCUCUGCGUCCCAUGUUCCGCAAGUGGUGGCCGAAGCUCUUCGGUGCCAUCAGCUCUGGCAAGACCGGCAGCAGUGGGCUCAAGUACUACGGCAACUCCUCUCGCCCUCGUAACACGGUCCGAGAAGGCGACAACAUCACGCUUAAAGACAUGCGUAUGACGCGCUCGCAACACCACACGGAGAUCCGAAGCACGUCACCUUCUGGGUCAGAGGAGGAAAUCAUGACGUACAACGGAAUUGUCCGCACAACCAAUGUCAACUUGACGUACGAGUCAAAUACCAGCGUCGGGGACGAUUCUCGGUCUUCGACCGAUUACAGGACCGGAGAGAAGCCCCUGAGCAAGGGAGCCAUAGUCUGA